AUGCGGUUCUCUCUUUCAUCGCCCCUUGUCCUCUUACUGUUGCCUGUCAUUUCAACGACAGUCGCCGACUCUCUCCCGACCAAUGGAGCUGCGACUGAUCAGGUUCUCGCUCAACGUGACUCUACAACCCCCGACUUGGUCGUUCCAGCCAUAGAUGGACUCGCCCCCAAGGCUACCCCCAAGGGGACGCUGGACGCUCCGUUCGAUGGGAAAGAUGGUCGGCCGCACGCUGGUCCGUGGGUCGAAACCAACGCCGAAAGGGAUCGCAAGAAGUCGGGUACAGCAAGCAGCGCAGACAAACUAGAGAUUGCGACUCCUUCGGCAGAUCAUCAACACACGGGCCCCGACGGCAAGCCCAUCCCCCACUCGAAUGACGGUGUCAUGGAUGAUAGGCACAGGACAGGUCCCAAGGAGGGGACUCGGGGGACGGAGGGCGGAGUGUCGGAGAAGGUGAAGGGUACUACCUCUUCCGGCGAAAAACUCCCCGAUGGUCCUAAGGAAGCGCCUCCUCUGCCUCAUAGUGAGCAGCAGAAGCUUCCGACGUCGGAUCAGAGCGAGCAGAGCACAGAGGGGAAAGGCUCGACUGGUAGCGCGAAUCUGGGAGUUCUUGAGAAACCAGAUGACUUGCCGGAGAAACCUCACGAUAUUCCCCUUCCUAAAUCGCCAGCGGCUGUGAAUGAUCACCCUCUCGGCCUUAAUGCCGACGGUAGCUCAAAGACCGGCGGUAAAUCGGGACAGGACGAAAUCGGAAGCUCGGCUUUCCACUCUCUUCUUUUCUCCUUCACAAUGAUUGUCGUCUCUGAAAUUGGUGAUAAGACGUUCCUGGUUGCUGCUCUCAUGGCUAUGCGGCAUCCGCGCCUGCUUGUCUUUUCUGCGGCCUACUCUGCUCUUAUUGCCAUGACUGUGCUUUCAGCAAUCCUCGGCCAUGCAGUACCGACGCUGAUUCCCAAAUAUUUUACCAAAUUCCUGGCUGCUAUACUCUUCUUCGUUUUCGGAUUGAAGAUGCUCAAGGAAGGCAGGGAAAUGUCGCCCGAUGAGGGUGUUGGUGAAGAAAUGAAGGAGGUUGAGAUGGAACUCGAGGAGAAAGAACAGGAGCAGCUACGCAAAAGCCGGCGCCGCUCCUCCAUUACUCCCCAUUCUUUGGAAUCCGGCCGUCUCAGCGGCCGUCGCAAGUCUCGCUCAUCCGUCAACCGCUUCCCGUCGCCUCCCGAGAGCAUUUCGUCGUCUUCUUCGCGGGCAUCUUCCCCUAGUGCUGGUCGCCGUUGGAGCGACACGCUGAACGGAAUGAACAAUCUCUUUUCCCUUCUUCUCAGUCCCGCAUGGGUCCAGACCUUCGUGAUGACAUUCCUCGGCGAAUGGGGCGAUCGAAGCCAGAUCGCGACUAUCGCCAUGGCCGCGGGACAGGACUACUGGUGGGUGACGGUCGGCGCCAUCAGCGGCCACGGUAUCUGCACCGCCGCAGCGGUCAUUGGAGGUGCCGCUAUUGCUGGCAAAGUCAGUAUGCGAGUCGUAACUCUUGGUGGUGCCGCGGCGUUCUUGGUCUUUGGAGUCAUUUACUUGAUCGAAGCUCUUUUCUACUAG